GCCGCCAACGCCAGUCGUCCUCAGACCUUCGCAGGGUACCUUUCGACGAUCCUCGGCCGGAAAUACAUGUGAUUUCUACCCGUUGUGUUUUGCCGCAGUUCGGCCCAGUGUUUUGUGAGAUCUGUGAUCGAGUUUCGAAAGGCGUGAAUCAAAGGGGCUCGACGACCCGAAGACCGAUUCGCAUUUCAUCUCGUUUUCCUCCUAAGAAACGUGCAAAUUCGGCUCUUUUACCCGUGAAGAAAAUAACUUUUUCGGAGUUCUGUUUAAUUACUUUUGUUGUUAAAACUCCCAGUACCGAUUUCCAUUUUUUUCGAUUCGGACCUUUUGGAAGGAAUUUACAAGUGGACAGCCGUUGCUAAGCGACAGACGGCCAACAAAAUUUUCAGGUCCCAAGGAUUUACAAAGGAGUGAAACUGUCCGCCACACUGUAUACCCAAACGGCUCUUAGGUUGCCCACCACUUUGGGCAUGGAAGCGAUGGCCCCCAUAGGGGAACAGGAUUUGUUCAACAUGAAUAACCUCGUUCCCAUGAACGGGCUGAGCCUCCUGCACAUGAACGGGCAGCUGCCUAUCAUCAAACAGGACGUGAAGCCGAUGGUGAACGGGACGGGAUGCGGAGGGCCGGCCACCGGCGGCGGUUCUCAGCUGAACCUCAGCCAGCCGCCCCAGGCGCCGCCUCCGAGUUCGACUGCUCAGACGAAUGGCACGGCCACCGAGUCAUCUCCCGCGGGUCCAUCCCAAGGGGGCAACUCCUCCGGCAGGUCCACCCCCAACAGCAGCGACCCGUCUGCAGCGAAGCUGUUCGUUGGCGGUCUAAGCUGGCAAACAAGCAGCGACAAGCUUCGCCAGUACUUCGGCAUGUUUGGGACCGUCACUGAUGUCCUCAUCAUGAAAGAUCCUAUCACCCAGAGGAGUCGUGGAUUUGGGUUUAUAACAUUUGCUGAGGCAGAUACGGUUGAAAAGGUGCUUAAGGUACCGAUACACACAUUGGAUGGGAAGAAGAUUGAUCCAAAACACGCUACACCGAAGAACAGGCCUAAGGCUACAAACAAGACAAAGAAGAUAUUCGUUGGAGGAGUGAGCCAAGACACUUCUUCAGAUGAGGUAAAGGCUUAUUUCAGCCAAUUUGGCAAAGUCGAAGAAACCGUGAUGCUGAUGGAUCAGCAGACAAAGAGGCAUCGUGGAUUCGGUUUUGUCACAUUCGAGAAUGAAGACGUUGUUGACCGAAUUUGUGAGAUACAUUUCCACACUAUCAAGAAUAAAAAGGUGGAGUGUAAAAAGGCACAGCCGAAGGAGGCAGUGGCUGCAGCGGGAUUGCUCCUCGGAAAGAGAGUCAUGAUGGGACCCUUGGGAAUGAGGAUGGCUGCACCGGCUCCAGUUGCUGCCGGUCAGCUUGUUUCGGUGACUGCCCAAGCGGCUCAGGCUGCUGCGGCUGUCGCCGCUCAACAGGCUGUUGCAGGUUAUAGCAAGUUGUUCGGUGGCUAUCCCGGACUCGCAAGUUAUCGUUAUGCACCGUAUCCGGUAGCUGCACCGGCGCCUGCUACACCGACACCGGCUGCACCUGCCCCUGCGUUAACUCCUGCUUCGCCCUACCAAGGAUACUCGUUACCAAAUGUGGAUAUGACUAGCUUCCAGGGAGUCGACUGGGGAUCAAUGUACGGUAUGGGCAUGUAUGUCUAACUCUGGUAAUUCACAUCUUUACUUAUU